CAGGAAGAUGACGGAGGGAGAUUAGAGGUGAAAACUGGAGGGAGAGAGGGAUGAGCGCGUCCCGAAGAAUAAGAGGCGUAAGCGCCAGCGGGUAUUUUUAGUCCCUAGGAGACGAUUCACUCAGGCAGGAACACAGGAAUCACCUGGAAAGAAGAAAAGCUUGGAGAGGAAGGUGUUGUUGUCUGACCUGGUCAGGUGUUGCUUUACCUGGAAGAUCCAAACAUUAUUUAAGAAAUUAACUUUUACAGACAGCAAACCUACUUUCUAGGUCCUGUCUACUUUUUGGGGGGAGGGGGAUGAGCUGCAUCUGUUUUCUCUACCAGCUUUGAUUAAAUCAUGAUGAAGCUGAAGUCGUCUCAGAUUACAGGCCUUUUCCCUCAGAAACCACUCAGAUAACCCCAGAAGAAACAAUGCCGGGACCUUCAGAGAUGUGAAAACCAGCAGCUGUAAAGGAGGAAAGCAAAUGACCCGAGUCUGGAUUGUGUCAGCUCUAUUAGGAGGAGUUUGUGUUGCUGUUGCAGAGCGAGGAAGCCGUUCAUUUGAGCGGCUGAUCUGAGAACGAUUACAUCAUCUGUUUGGUUCCACUUCAAACCCCCCGAUGUAAAAAUGUGGAUUUACUGGAAAAACAAGAAGCAUUCCUGGCAACAAGAAACAAAAGGGAUUUGACAGCAAGAAAGUGGAGCAAAGAUAGACGGAGAGCAAGUGUGAGAGCGGUGAGGAAGUCGAGCCGCUGUGGGGGAUUUACCGGGGAGGAGCCUCUCUUCACUUUGACACUCACACGUGGGACAGCAACUGCUGCUGGCGCCGCAAAGGGACAGAAAACGGCGUUCGGCCGGACGGCCCGACAUGGCAGCUGCUGCAGGGACCCAGGACGGCUGAGAACCGACGGAUCAAACCGCAGCAGAGGAAGAGGAGAGGCGGUGUUCCUUCAAACUGGUCCUACCUGCCUUCACUUCACUCUGACGUCUGGCUGCUAAAAUUAUCUGACUCCUGCUGUGGAUUAUGAGAACCUGAUCCGAUCCGAUCCGGACCGGGCAGCAUGUGGCCCGACUACAGGAGCGAGAGCCUCCUGAACGCUCACCUUUACUCGCUCAUGUGUUGUGCAGAUGAGCGGGACCGGGUGCAGAAGAAAACAUUCACCAAAUGGGUCAACAAGCAUCUCAUUAAGGUGAGGAAGCACAUCACAGACCUGUAUGAGGACCUGAGGGACGGACACAACCUCAUCUCCCUGCUGGAGGUCCUCUCUGGAGUCACUCUGCAACAGAAGGGCGGCUUUGCCUCGAAAAGGGCUUAUGUCUCUCGAGCGCCGCCUCUCAUCUCGCUCAAACGAGAGGAGGAGGAAGAUGAUGAAGAGGAGGAUGAGGAAGGAACUCAGGGACCCAGAGAAAAGGGACGGAUGAGAUUUCAUCGACUGCAGAAUGUUCAGAUAGCGUUGGACUUCCUCAAACAAAGACAGGUCAAACUGGUGAACAUCCGGAACGAUGACAUCACUGAUGGGAACCCAAAGCUGACGUUAGGACUCAUCUGGACCAUUAUCCUCCACUUCCAGAUUUCAGAGAUCUACGUGUGCGGCGAGUCCGCUGACCUCACAGCCAAAGAGAAGCUGCUGCUAUGGAGCCAGCAGGCCACCGACGGCUACCCCGGCCUCCGCUGCACCAACUUCAGCUCGGCGUGGAGCGACGGCCGCAUGUUCAACGCGCUGCUCCACAGAUACAGGCCGGACCUCAUCGACAUGGAGGUCGUGACCCGGCAGAGCAACCGGGAGAACCUGGAGCAGGCCUUCGAGAUCGCCGAGUCGCUGGGCGUGACCAGGCUGCUGGACGCCGAGGAUGUUGACGUUGCGUCUCCAGAUGAGAAGUCCGUCAUCACCUACGUCUCCUCGAUUUACGACGCUUUCCCUAAAAUCCCAGAGGGAGGAGAAGGCAUCGCCGCACAGGAAGUGGACCAGCGCUGGUCGGAGUACCAGUCGACGUUCUCAUCUCUGCUCCAGUGGAGCCGCCAGCAUACGGCCCUCAUGGCCAAGAAGAACUUCCCACAGAACCCAGUAGAACUCAAGGCACUUUAUAACGAGUACAUCCAUUUCAAAGAGACGGAGAUCCCCAGCAAGGAGACGGAGAAGUCUCACAUCGAGCGUCUCUACAAGCUGCUGGAGGUUUGGAUCGAGUUCGGGCGGAUUAAGCUGCCUCCGGGCCUCCAUCCCAACGAUCUGGAGGAGGAGUGGGGCAAACUGAUCCUGGAGAUGCUGGAGCGGGAGAAGGCCCUGAGGCCGGCUGUGGAGAGAGUGGAGCUGCUGCUGCAGCGAGCCAAUAAGAUCCAGAACACGGCCGUGGACUGUGAGGAGAAACUCACCCUGGCUAAGAACACGCUGCAGGCCGACGCGUCCCGGGCCGAGAGCGGCGAGGCGGUGCAGUGCGAGAGAGAAAUUGCGUGUUACCUGCAGGACUGCGAGGCGCUGAUCCAGCAAAUCGAGCAGGAUCUGAAAAUCUUACGAGAGGAAAAGUACUACCAGGUGGACCAGCUGGCCUUCAGAGUUAACUGCCUUCAGGAGGAGCUGGUCUCGCUCCGGCUGCAGUGCUCCAGCGUCUACAGGAAGGGUCACUUCUCUCAGGCCCUGGGGCCCACCGGCACGGAGCCGCCCUGGCAGAGAGCCACAGACGGAGGCCUCCCUCUGGGUCAGACCCUGCUGGGGGCCGUGGGGGCUCUGGGGGCCGUCGGAGCCGCUCUCCUGCGGCGGCCGAUGGCGCGCUCUCAGCUGGUGGCCAUGUCGUCAUCAGAGGAUGAAGGAAGCCUGAGGUUCAUCUACGAGCUGCUGGGAUGGGUGGAGGAGACGCAGGAGCUGCUGGAGGGAGCAGAGUGGGGCGCAGACCUCCCCUCUGUGGAGAACAACCUGCAGGAGCACAACACCAUCCACACGGCUGUGGAGGAGCUGCUGAGCAGCCUGCAGGAGGCGCGCAGCUACGAGGCCAAAGUUUCCCCGAACUAUAAAGGCAGCUACUCAGAAACCCUGGCCAAACUGGAGCACCAGUACUGCAAGCUACUGGAACAUUCGUCAUGCCGCCUGCAGAGCCUGGAGAGUUUGCACGCGUUUGUGUCGCGCUGCACCGAGGAGCUGAUCUGGCUCAACGAGCGCGAGGAAGAGGAGAUCUCCUUCGACUGGAGCGACGGCAAUGCCAACAUGAGCGCCAAGCGGGAGCUGUACGAGGAGUUGAGGUUGGAAUUGGCAGAGAAACAGGAUGUGAUGCGUUCCAUCCAGGAAACGGCUGGCCAGCUCUGUCAGGAAAACCAUCCGGCCAAACAGACUGUGGAGGCCUACAGUGCAGCCCUGCAGACGCAGUGGCAGUGGGUGGAGCAGCUGUGUGUUUGUGUUGAGCAGCAUCUCAAGGACAACACCGCCUACUUCCAGUUCAUGAGCGACGCCAGGGACUGCGAGUCGUACCUGCGGCAGCUUCAGGAGACGAUAAAGAGACAGUACACCUGCGACAAGAACAGCCGGCUGAGCAAACUGGAGGACCUGCUGCAGGACUCCAUGGAGGAGAAGGAGCAGCUGAUUGAGUACCGCAGUACGGUGGCCAGCCUGGUGGGUCGGGCCAAGACGGUGGUCCAGCUCCGGCCCCGCAGCGCGGAGAGUCCACUGGGUGGCGCCACACCCAUCAGAGCCAUCUGCGACUACAAACAGAUCGAGAUCACCAUCAACCGAGGCGAGGAGUGUGUGCUGGGGGACAACUCCCAGCGGACCAAGUGGAAGGUGAUCAGCCCGACGGGGAACGAAGCCAUGGUUCCCUCCGUGUGUUUCACCGUCCCGCCGCCCAACCAGGAGGCCAUCGACACGUCCAGCAGGGCGGAGCAGCUCUACCAGAAGGUGAUGUCUCUGUGGCAUCAGCUGCAUGUGAACAUGAAGAGCAUGGUGACGUGGCACUACGUCCUCAAAGACAUCCGGUCCAUCUCCGGCUGGACUCUGGACUCGGUUCGAAGUCAGAGUCCAUCGGAGCGGCAGCAGCUGCUGGACCACCUGGCGUCGCAGCUGGCCGACUUCCUGUCCGACAGCAAGGAGAGCUCGCUGUUCACGGCGGCCGAGAGACGGGAGCUGGAGCGGGACGCGCAGCAGGCGCAGCAGCACUGCCAGGACCUGCUGCGCCACAUGGAGACAGCGGAGAAAGACGAGUCGGUGUCGCGGUCGUACCUGUCGGAGCUGCAGGACGUCACGCUGCGUCUGGACGACGCCGAGCGCCGGCUGAUGAGAGCCAUCGAGACGCCGCCUCCCAGCCGGCUGUCGAGCGCCGGCUUCGACAACACGCUGCAGAUCGCAGAGCAAGAGAAGCUGCAGUCUGAGCUGGACUCGCUGCGCUGCGGGCUGGGUGACGUUUCGCGGCGCUGUGUCCGGUUCUUCGAGGAGAAGCCGUCGUCCUCCAGCGUUCCCGUCCUGCGCUCGCAGCUCAGUCAGGCCGUGGAGCGAACCGACAGGCUGCACAACCUCUCAGCGCUCUGCCUGGAGAAGUUAAAAACGGUCGACGUUUUGAUGCGGAGCCUGGAUGAAGCAGAGAGCCAGGUCAGGAAGUACGAGAGCAGACUGAGCGAAGAGGACACCGUUCCCGCCGACACCGGCGCCAUCCAGAACCUCAGAGACCAGCUGGCGCUGUGGCAGGCGGAGCUUUCAGAACAAGAGGAGACCUUCCAGGCCCUGCAGGUCCAGCUGGGCCGGGCCAAAGCGGCGGGAGCCGAACUCGCGAAGCUGCAUGUGGACCGCAGCCCUGAGCUGGAGCGCUACCAGGAGAGAGCCAAUCAGAUGGCGGAGAGGUGGAGCGGCGUCAAGCAGCAAACCGAAACACGGCGGUCGGACCUGGAGGUUCUGGGCUCAGCGCUGCAGCAGUACCGGCAGAACCACUCGGCUCUGAUCCGGUGGAUCGAAGAGACGACGGAGAGGCAGGAGAGCGCCCAGGCCGGACAGACGGACAGCAGGGCGCUGUCGGAGCAGCUGGCCCAGCAGAAGGCGCUGGUGGCUGAAAUUGAGCAGAACCAGACCAAACUAGACGAGUGCCAGACUUACUCCAAACAGUACUGCGCCUCCGUCAAGGAUUAUGAGCUGCAGCUGAUGACCUACAGAGCAUUUGUUGAGUCGACGCAUAAAUCCCCAGUGAAGAGGAGGAGGAUGCACUCUUCGUCUGACGCCAUCACUCAGGAGUUCAUGGAUUUGCGGACGCGCUACACGGCGCUGGUGACGCUGACCACCCAGCAUGUGAAGUACAUCAAUGACGCCCUGAGGAGACUGGAGGAGGAGGAGAAAGAGGUGGAGGAGGAGAAGCAGGCCAGGGUGGGCCAGGUUUCAGAGCUGCUGGGCUGGGUCAAAGGUCUGCGGGGUCGGACCGGCGGCCCCAGCGCCGAGUCCUCGCUGGCGGCUCAGCAGGCCAUCAGCGAUCAGCUGGCGGGGAGGAAGGAGCAGGUGGCCGAGGCCAUUCGCAGCACGCAGGGCUUCCUCUGCUCCAAACAGGCCAGCAAGUUGUCCCUGGAGGAGCGUGCUGCAGUGGAGACUCAGCUGGGCGAGCUGACGGCCACCUACAACCAGCUUCUGGACAGCUCCACCCAGCAGCUGCAGCAGCUGGAGCAGCAGCUGGCCAGAGAGGAGGAGAGAAAGAACCGAGCUGCCAUUGGAGGCGUGAUCGACCUGGGAACCGUGGAAACCUUCCCGGUGUUUCAGGCGGCCCAGCGGGGUCUCAUCGACCAGGACACCUGCAGCGUUCUGCUGGAGGCCCAGCUGGUCUCGGGUGGCCUCGUCCGACCAGACUCAUCAAGGGUUUAUUCAUUGGAUCAUGGUCUAACUGAAGGCCUCAUUGAUGCUCACACCUGUCAGUCACUAGCAGAACUUGAGAGUGCCAUGGAGUUGAUAAAAGAGUCUGUAGGUGACCAAAAACUUUUGCCCGUAGCUGCAGCCAUGGAGUCAGGGUUGAUCACAGAAGAGGUUGGACUUCGUAUUCUUGAACUUCAGAUGAACAGUGGUGGACUGAGAGAUUCAAGUGGAAAAAUCAUGAGUUUGGAGCAAGCAGAGGAUAUGAGAGUUUUGCCUUCCAGGAUCUUAAACAAGCUUUACUCUAGAAUUCAACACAAAGAGUUGCUUGAUCCAAACACAGCUGAAAAGGUCAACAUAGAAGAGCUGAAGCUUCGUUGCAUUCCUGAUGACAACUCAGGUCUCCUACUCCUUCCUGUCAAACAGCAGCCUGGAGGAACUGUUUGCCUCCGAUCUGGAAGAAAAGUUGGCAUCUUUCGCGCCGUCCAGGAGGGACUGAUCGACCGGGCGGUUACCGUGAGGCUUCUCGAGGCCCAGCUAUUCGCCGGUGGCAUUAGUGACCCACGUUCUAGCCACCGGCUGACAAUUGGUGAGGCUGUUCGUCAUGGGCUUAUGGACCAGGAUUUAGCUUGUGCUAUGUUAGCACGACAAUUGCAGAAUGGAGGGAUUCUUGACCCGCUCAGUAGGCAACGUCUGGAUUUAGAGGAGAGCAUUUGCAGGGACCUUCUCUCCCCUCGUUUGGCUCUGUUGGUUCUUGAGUCUCUUUGGACUUUUACAGGACUCCUUUGGCCUGAAUCUGGAGAGCUGAUGCCCAUUGCAGAGGCUCUUCAACAAGGGGUGAUAUCAGGUGAUCUAGCAAGAAACAUCUUAAGGCAGAGACAUGCCGUUGGAGGACUGUACACUCCAGAUACCCUCAAAGUGUUACCACUUAAUCAAGCUGCAGAAGAAGACCUUGACUCUGAUGUUGUAAGAUGUCUCAGAGACAUUCACAUACCAGAUGUUCUCUACAGCAUGAACCAGUCUGGUAAUCCAUCUCUAAACCGCCUGAGCUGGGGAUCGACCAGCUCCUCUUCUCCGCCUCUAUCAUCUCCUACAGGUUUCAUGUGUGAAGCUUCACCAACUGAUAGGGUCGAUCCUGAAGUUCAAGCCAAAGACAAGCUUCUCUUUCACCUCAUGACUCACAGCUAUGUGGACGCACAUUCUGGAAAAAGGCUGGUGCUCCUCGACCAAGAUCUGGUGCUCAGAGUUAAAGGCUCUUGCUUGGCUGCAGGAGAAUCAGGUGAAGCCGAGUCAUCAAACAAGUUGGCUGGAGAUAAACUGCAGAGUUUGGGCAGUGGGGAAAAUGUCAUAAUGCCAAAUGAAGCAGAAGAACACUGCUCUGAUUUGGAAACUUCAGUAGAUAACUUUGAAAUGAUGAAUACAAAUGGAAAGAACAUCAGACUACCACAGAAGUUACCUGAAAACAGAGAUGGUCUUUCUGAUCCUGAACCUUCUGUUUACACAAAAGCACAUGAAGAAAAAGAAGAAGGGCCCAGUUUGCAAAGUGAAAUGUUUUCAAGGAACUAUCAAGAAGGAAUAAAACACAAUGCCAAUGCUGUAGGUGGAACCAUUCCUCGACAUCUUGAGGUCAAAGAUACAAUCACAAAAACAUCUUUUGAAUUGGAGGAAGUCAUUAAAAGUGGGACGCAGCAGGAACAAAUGCCAAAAGUAAAAGAAAGUAAGGAGGUAAAUCUGAGAGAGGCUCAAGAAUUCAAAGGUACAAAAAUUUCUCCAACCAAUUUAGCAAGUGUGUCUGAAACAGACGUUGACUUCAAGGGAUCAGAGACUGUAGUUGAUGAACCAUCGAUGGAAGAGCAAUGGGAGGAAGCUGAGUUUGAGAGAUUGGUCCUGGAGCUCAAACAGGGAGGACUGAUGACAGAGGAUGGAGAGAAGCUGCUGCCAGAUGAAGCAGUUGCUCAAGGUGUUCUUCCUGGUCAUACAGCAGUUAAAUUGAUGGCUCAAGCAGGCCUGUUUGGGGGAUUCCUAGAUGCCACCAGUGGGGAGUCACUGAGCUUGGAGGAAGUGAUGCAAGAGGGCUUACUAGAUGAGGAUCUUAUGUGGGGUGUCCUGAAGUCAGAUAAAACCCUUGCCGGUGUUGUGGACAUAGAGAAAGGUCAGAUCUGUGGUGUGAGAGAUGCAGCUCAGGCUGGACUAAUUGAUCCUAACACUGCUGCUCGACUCCUAGAAGCCCAGGUUGCAUCUGGAGGAAUUGUCGACUUACGCAGGGAUAAGAAAGUCUCUGUCACAUUAGCAGCAAACCUGGGUCUAAUUGAAGAAGACCAAAGAGAAGAACUGAUUGCUCUUGAAAAGGCUUUCAAAGGAAAGGAUACAGACUCUGCAGCAAGCCUCAGAAAAGCAAGUUUACAGCUGCAGAUGGAGGGUGUUGUCGACCCUGAAUCCAAGACUGCAGUUCCCUUAGAACAAGCAAUUAAGAAAGGGUUAAUUCGAUCUGAUGAGGCAUAUCAGGUGUUGGCAAGACAGGUGGCUGAAGGUGGCAUAAUCCACCAUGCUUCAGGAAUGAGACUCUCUGUCUCUGAUGCUGUAGAUAGAGGACUGGUGGACCGGUCUAUAGCUCCUGGGCUUGAGGAACUAGAAUGGAUCUAUCAAGGAAAAAUCAGUGCCUCAACCAAACCAGAAGCAAUUGCUUUCCAGGCAACAACCGGAGGCAUUUUGGAUCCUGACAAUGGAGUUAGGUUGACACUGACAGAAGCUGUGUCGAAGGGUCUUCUAGAUGACAAGAUGGCCACUGAAGCCAUGGCUUCUCCGGUGGUGACACAGGGAACAAUUGACCCAAAAACUGCACAGAUUGUGCCUUAUUCAGAACUUGUGAGUCAGGGUAAGAUUGAUAUUGAAACAGGCAAACGCUUCCUGGAGGUGAAGCCCUUCCAAGGUGUUCAAGAUAAGCAAACCUUGAAGACCCUGACCCUCCCAGAGGCUGUUUCUUUGAAGUGCGUUGAUCCAGUUCCAGCUGUAAGGUUGCUACAAUGCCAGGCAGACACUGGUGGGAUCAUUGAUAUCUACACUGGAGAGAGGCUCCCACUUCCUGAAGCUUCUGCCAGAGGUUUAGUAAGUAGUGAUAUGGUCAAAGAAAUAGCCACCAACCAGUUUGUCAAAGGAGGUUUGGUUGAUCCAGCAACUGGACAGCGAGUGUCAGAUCUUAGUGAUGCCAUCACUUCCCGGCUGUUGAUGAGAGACCUGGCUUUGGAGAUCCAGGAGACACUAAAGGAAAACUUUCCAGAUGACCAUUUUACAACUGUUAUAGCUACUGGGCCGGGAGCUGACAGUCAAGCAAGCAUGUCUGCUGCAAACAUUAGGACAUCCUCAGGAUCUCCAUCUACUGUUCGAGGUUUAGAAGUUACGCACAAUUAUGACGAGACUUUCAGAAGUGAAAUUUCAGAUCAGUCACCGUUGCAUCCCGAAGAUGAGAUGGUAGCAGAAAUGGAGCCUGAACAGUCAAUGGAUCUGUUAUCCAAGUUUGCAUCUAAUGUUGAAAAAAGAAUCCAGCAAGCCAUUCAAGAGAUACUGCCACAAAAACUGGAUAAUCAGCAUCAACAAGAACCCAGGGACAAAAUGGAGAAUGAGGGUGAACAAGGGGAGAACUUAACCAGAGGUUUUGUAAAAGAAUCCACUCAGGUAAUAAUCGAUCGUAGUGACGAGGUCCAAAAAGAAGAUGCCCAGGAGACAGAAAAAGAUGAGUACAUGGUGUGUGGACCCACUGAGAGCACAGUAAUGGUCCAUCAUGGGUCUGAAGACGUGAAGUCAGAAGAAAUUAUAGUCGACAGAGAAACCAAAGAUCCCAGAUGCUUCCCAGGGUUUCCAGCAGGGAAUGAGGACCUUAAGUCUUUACAGACCAAAAGCUGCACUGAUGUGGAGCAGUCAGAUCAAUUCUCUUCUUCUGCAACUAAAGAGUCAGACAACAAAAGCAAAAAGAAGAGGAAGAGUAAAAAGAAGGCAAGAGGGAAAGAAGUAGAAACUGAAACUCAUCUUGCAGAGAUGAAACAUGAUCUUCAAAGUCAUCACACCAGUCCAGAAACCAAAGAGAUCCCACAGGUUGCUCCUGUUGCCACUGAAGAAAUGACAUCAGAUGCAAAUGUGCAGAAGUCAGACUCCUCCCUUCCAAUUGCUACUGACCCUUCCUCUGACGAGAGAAUGAAAAGGACUGAAGAGAAAGUAGAGACUGAAAAUGUUUUGGGAGCUCAGGAGCAGGAAGCGGUUCUUCAUGAACCAAACACUGAGAUGGAGGAAGAUGUAACCAGGACAAUAUUAGGUAGAAUGCGAGAGAAUGUUGACAUGAAGGCAGAGGAAGAGGAAUUAACGAUGGAGCAGGAAGAAGUUUCUCUUAAACCAAACACUGAGAUGGAGGAAGAUGAAGCCAAAGCAAUGUUACUAAAGUCUUCACAAGACGUUUCUAAGCAGGAAGCGGUAAAAAAGGAAUCUAUGGAGAAGACUUUGAUUGCUGGGCAACUGGAAAUGCCAGAGGUGCAGAAGAGCAUAGAAGCAGAAUCUCUGACAAAGUCAAGUCUUAAAGAGGAUGAAAAAGCAGCCUUGAUUCUGAAAGCUAAAGAGAGCAUCCUUAAGAAAGUGUUUGAGAAGGGAGUGAGUGAAAAACAAGCAGCACAAGAGCUGGAGGCGCUGAGGAAGAAGAACCAAAGUAAAAUAGGCGAUAAGAAGACAGAAACUAACAGUGAAGAAGGCGACGCUGACAGGAGAAGCUUUGCUUUACCGAAAGACCAUAAAGAUCAAGUAACUGUGAAAAAGGAACCCACAGAGCUGCAGAGAACACCUGGAGAAAUUCCUGCAGUUCAAGAGACGCUUGGAAAAUCUUCAAGUGAAAACAUCAAGGCUAAGCAGAAAGAUGUUGAGACUCUUCAAACAGUCUCAAAAAGUAGGAGAAACAAGAGGAGCAAAAAGCUAAAACCAACUGGAGAUAAACCCGAGAUAGAGAAGGCACCCACAGAUCUGAAAGAUCCAAAAUACACGACAAAAUCUCUUCUUGAACCGGAGUCAGGCGGCACAGUUUUGAAGGAAUACUUGAAGGUGAGCACUGAUGAUGAUGAUCAGGCAGCUGGAGCAGCUAUCAAGAAAUCAAAGAGUAUAAAACCAACCAAAUAUCAGCUUGAGUUGGAGAAUGUAACACCAGAUGGGAAAAUGGUUUCUAAUGCAAAACAACAGCCAGAAAGCAAAAUUUUGACUGAAGAUCUAAAUGUGAGCACUGAUACUGAUGAUCAGUCAACUGGUGCAGCUACCAAGAAGACAAAGAAAAAACCCACCGAGAUGGAGAAGUUAACAUCACAUAUAACAGAUCCAGAAAAUACGACAAUUUCAGCUGCAGAACCAGAGUCAGAUGGAAAAGUUUUGACUGAAAACGUGAAGGUGAGCACUGAUGAUCAGUCAGUUGAUGCAGCUACCACGAAGCCUAGAAGUCUGAAACCAUUUGAAGAUCAGCCUGAAAUGAAGACGGCAACUUCACAUCUGAAACAUCCACAAUCUGCAACAAAAUCAGCUGCAGAAAUGGACAGCAUCGUUUUGACUGAACACGUGAAGGAUAUUGAUCAUCAUUCUAUUGUUGCAACUACCAAGAAGUCAAAGAGUCAAGACGAUCAGCCAGAGGUGGAGAAGCUAAAGCCAGGUGAGAAAAUGGGUUCUGACCUGAAAGAUCUGAAAAUUACCUCAAAAUCUGGUGCAAAGCAACAGCCAGAAAGCAGAAUUUUGUCUGAAGACCUAAAGGUGAGCUCUGAUGACGAUCAGUCAGUUGGUGUAACUACCAAGGAGCCGAAGAGUGAAAAACCGGCUGAAGAGAAAAUCACCUCCGAUGGAAAACUGGAUCCUGACCUGAAAGAUAUAAAAAUAACCUCAGGAUCUCAUGCAAAGCAACCAGACAGCAGAUUAUUGUCUAAAGAUUUAACUGUGAGCACUGAUACUGAUGUUCAGUCAGUCAGUUACCCUACUGCACCGUCAGAUGUUGGUAAAGCCAGUCAGAAAGACCCUGAAGGAGUCAAAAGUCUCCAAACAAGUCAGAUCGAGCGAUCUGCAGGAUUACAGUCAGACCAGAGUGACUUGACAGAUUUAUCUCAGGAGGUUUCCAGCAAACAGGAGAGGAACUCCUUGACUCAACCUGCUGCUCCUGACCCACAUUCUGAGAAAAGCGAAAGGAAGGAAAACCUGCAGCCACCUGCAGCUGAAAACUGUGAUGUUUCUGAAUCUUUAACAAACCUGCAGCAACAUCUGGAUUCUCCAGAAACUGCUGCUUUAUCUAAAGAAGAUGCUUCAAUUGAAUCUGAAUCUGUAAAAGUGACUGAGGUGGAUCUGAGCAAUGAGAGCCGAGAAGACGAAGAAAAAGUUUCCAAGAAUCAAGAAACUCUGUCGACCAAAGAGGAAGCACAGUCCACAGGAAGCAAGUCAUCAUUGCGACAGGAAUGUCUUGAACAUGACCAGCGAAUCGUAGCGCUGCUCUCCAUGGUCCGACACGUUGAAGUCCGACUAAAACAAGAGCAGCAGCAGUCGGUGGGCCGCAGCCUCGUCACGUUGGACGGCAUCAUCAACCGGACUGAGAUGCUGGACCUUGAACUCUCCGACUUGGAGCCUGAGAUAAACAAAGAAGUUGAAGCUGCAGAUCGACUGUUGAAGCUCAGACCGACCGACGUUCCUCCGCAGCUCCUGCUGGCCUUGGAGAAAGAUGGGCGGAGCUUAGCGCGAGCUUACGAAGCGGCUCGGUCGCUCUCCCAGAGCGUCCUGCAAAGUCUGCGGGACCACAGAGACUCAUGCAAGGACGCAGUGGCAGCUGAGCAGAAAUGUUUGGGGCAACAUGUGGACAGGCUGCUGUCCUGGUUGAGUGAGACAGAGGCUCAGAUGGACGGAGACACGGCGGGGAAGGAUGGGUUCACUCAGCAGCUGGAUCUCUGCAAGGAGCUCCGGUCUUCACUCUCGACUCGCUCUGACGAAGUCAGCAGCCUGGUCUCCGACAUCCAGCUCUUCAUCUCUGAGCGCGCUCAGGACCUGUCCCCCGAGCAGAGCAGGCGGCUCCUGGAGCAGCUGCAGCAGCUGCAGACGGCCUUCCACCACACGUCGAGCCGAGCCGAGGCCUGGGCCGGCACUCUGUCCGCUCAGCGCGGCAGGGAGGAGGAGGAGAGGCGGAGACGAGAGAGACGGAGGGAGGAAGAGGACAGAGAAAGGAAAAAAGCGAGGGAGAGAGAGAUCGCCACAGAAGAAAUCGCUUGCAUCACCGCGGUGGUGCAGCAGCAGAAAGCAGAGUGCUCUCAGACGCUGGAAGGCCUCAACGCGUGGUUGGCCGGAGCCGCAGGCCUGCUGGCCAAUCAGAGGGCUGGACCGGAGUCAGGUGACGUCGGCGCCCUGCAAGAGAGGCAGAGAAAGCUGAAGGAGGUGCAGAGGGACCUACAGGCGAAAGCUGACGGCGUGGCUCAGGCCAUCCGGUCGGCGGAGGAGUUUCUGGCAGAGAAAGGAGACGGUCUGAGCGCAGAGGAGAAGAAGAACCUCCAGGUGGCGCUGGAAAGACUGAAGGAGCAGUACGCCGCCCUGACGGAGUCGGCCAACACGUCGCUGUCAGAACUCGACGCCGCCAUCAGUACGACGGUACAGCAGAACACACAGAGGGCGAAAGCAGUGGAGGAGCUUCAGGAAACCCAAAGCCAGAUCGACUCCCUGCUCUCCUCCUUCAGCCGACUGGACCGGAUCGCAGCGCCGCUGGAUGUGCCGGACUCUUCCGCUUCGCCACCGGAGGGCGCUCUGGAGUCGCACACGGAGACGCUGCAGUCGGAGCUGCAGCAGCUGCAGGCUCAGCAGGCGCAGCUGCUGCAGAUCAGCCAAUCAGCUCGCUCCCUGCUGGAGCAGCCCGACUCCACGGUUCCCCCCGAGGAGAAGCAGCGGCUCCGGGCCGCGCUGGACCGGCUGCAGGCCCAGCACCAGGACAGGCUGCACAGCUGUCAGGAGCGUCUGAGGAAAUCUGCGGCUCUGCAGGACGAGCUGACCAAAUUCCUGCAGGAACACGGAAACCUGGGCGCCUGGCUGGAACUAAGUGAACAGGAGCUGCGUUCUCUGGGGGAAGGAGAAACUGACGCGCAGGGCCUGAAGGACAGGCUGGAGCAACACAGAAAGCUGGGCGAGGAUGUAAUCUGCCACAAGGCCGACCUUCGCUUCGUCUCCAUCUCGGGCCAGAAAGUUCUGGACUCGGUUCAGGGCGCUCUGGAGCAAGCUGGAGGUUCUGACCCGGCUCUGAACGGCAUCAAGCAGCUCGUCUCUGACAAGCUGCAGGACGCCAACCACAGAUACACGACGCUGCACACCAAGUCCACAGAGCUGGGCGGCCGUUUGGGGGGCCUGUUGGAGCGGUACCAGCAGUACCAGGACGAGGUGGUGUCCAUUCAUUCCUGGCUCAACGCUCACGAGCAAAACCAAAGCAUAGCCAAGUCCAGCGGAGACACGGAUCCGCAGAACCUCCAGAACUCCCUGCGGCAGGUUCAGCUGCUGCAGGAUGAGCUGGCCGAGCGCUCAGUCCAGCUGGAGAAGGUGAAGCGCGCAGGAAGAGAUCUGGUCAGCGCCGACGAAUCUCCGUCUCUGAAAGCCGUGGACAUCCUCUGCGCUGCAGACGGGUUGGAGAAGCGGUUCGGCAGCCUGUCUGCGUCGGUGUCAGAGCGGGCCGAGCAGCUGCAGACGGCCGUGGCGCAGUCCGUCAGCGUUCAGGAGGGACUGAAGGGCCUGCUGGGCUGGCUGGACCAGCUGGUUCUGAACCCCGGACCGGUCCAGCCCACCGCCCAGGCCGUGCAGGACGCACUGACCCAGAACCAGAAACUUCGCCAGGAGCUCCUGUCCAGGCAGGGCAGCGUGGACGCCACACGCGACGCCGUCUCAAAGCUCCUGCAGAGCUCCGACGCCUCCGCGGCUCCCGGCCUCCAUGGCAGCCUGGACGACCUGACCCGGCGCUACGCCGCGGCCCAGAGCAGCCAGGCGGAGCGGGAGGCCCAGCUCAAGGGGCUGCUGCCCCGGCUGGAGAGCUACGAGAGGCUGAGCGCCGACCUGCAGGCCUUCACCCAGAGCAGACUGAGGGCCCUGAGUCCCGCCGGACAGCCGGACCGCAGCGUCCACGACUACAGGCAGACUGUCGAGGAGGUGAAAUCUGAGCUGGAGCAGGAGGCGGGCCAGCUGAAAUCCUUCUGCAGCCUCGGCGCCGAGCUCAGCCAGUCCGGAGCGCUCAGCGACACCCAGAACCUGCUGGAGAACGUCAGAGAUGUGACCGAUGAGUUCACCAAGCUGGAGGAAAACGUCAACGAAAGGUUUGCUGCCGUCCAGGCCUGUGAGCAGCAGCUCCACCAGUUUCGCGGCCUGUCCGGCUCCCUGGCCCGCUGGCUGCAGACGGCCCAGGACCAGCUGCCCUCCAAGGAGGCCAACCUCAACACCGAGGGUCUGCAGAGGCGGGUCCAGCAGCUCCAGGACUUACUGAAUGACUGGGAAUCCCAAGGAUCCAGAAUCCAAGACCUGAACAAGACCGGUUCCGAGUUGGAGUCGCUCAUCAUCGACGUCACAACUCCUCAGACCAAAACUGGAGUUCCUCAGAUCAACGGUUCUGCCGGUCCCAGCAGCGUCAACGGCAUCCACACCUGCAAAGACCUGACGGAGCUGCAGGUGACCGUCUCAGACGUGAACGCUCGCUACGACGCUGUGGGCAGCGAGCUAAAGGAGCGUUUGGGCCAGCAGCAGGCCUCUCUGCAGCUGCGGCAGAAGGCCCGGCAGAACACGGAGGAGCUCAGGAGCUGGCUGAGCGACCGAGAGAAAAGCCUGACGCUGGGGCAGAUGACUUCCCCGUCCAAACCCGAGGUGGCGCGCGCUCAGGCCCAACAAAACAAGGCUCUGCUCUCAGAGCUGGCGGAGCAUUCAGGGAAGGUGGAGGAGCUGAAAAGUACGUUGAGAAAACUAAUUGCAGACAAUCCCGACUCCCCCGAGGCCGAUGGCUGGAGGCAGCAGCUGCAGGAGAUCGACUCCCGCUGGCAGACGGCCAAUCAGACGGCGGCUCAGCGGCAGGCGGAGCUGGAGACGUGCGCCGACCGGCUGGGCAGCUUUGCCUCGGCGGCCAAUCAGCUCGGCCCCUGGCUGAGAGAGAAGGAGCUGAUGAUGAGCGUCCUGGGGCCCCUGAGCAUCGACCCCAACAUGCUCAACACGCAGAAGCAGCAAGUCCAGUUUAUGCUGCGGGAGUUUGACACGCGGCGGCCCCAGUUUGACCAGUUGACCCAGUCGGCGGAGGGAAUCCUCUCUCAAACCGGGGACUCCGCUCAGGACCCCAAGGACCUGGAGGAGGUUCGCACAGAACUGGGCUCCAUCUCCCAGCAGUGGGAGGAUCUGACCGGCCGGCUGAGUCAGCGGUCCAGUCACAUCGAUCAGGCUCAGGGAACCAGCGAAAAAUACCAGGGCUUGCUUAAGGAUCUGUCCUCCAGCAUCGCGUCGCUCAGCGAGAGGCUGGAUGCUCAGGCCUCGCUCAGCGCCCAGCCUGAGGCUCUGAAGCGCCGGCUGCAGGAAACCGGAGAGAUCCGGUCGGAGCUGGAGCGGCGGCGCGGCGAGCUGUCGGAGGCCGAGAGGCUCUGCGGGGAGCUGAGCGCCAUCGUGGCCGAGCCGUACCUAAAGGAGGAGCUGAGCAAGCGGCUGCAGAGUGUCAGCGCGCCGCUGAGGAGCCUGGAGGAGAGAGCGGCGGACGGCCUGACCCAGCUCCAGGCCGCUCUGUCCUCCACGCAGCAGUUCCAGCAGAUGUUUGAGGAGUUGCGCUCUUGGCUGGACAGGCAGUCGGAUCUCAAACAAUCGCCCUCCGACUCUCUGCCCUGCCGCCCCGAGGCCAUCCGCUCCCUGCUGGCGCAGACCGAGGAGCUGCAGCGCGGCGUCGCCAGCCAGCGGGGAUCCUACGAGCUGAUCCAGGCAGAGGGCGUGUCGCUGCUCGCCACGCUGCCCGCGGACGAGCGCUCCGCUCUGCAGGCCCGCCUGGCCUCGCUGAGGCAGGACUGGGAGGCCGUGAACCAACGGAUCGCGGAGCGGGAGACCCGGCUGAAGAACUCGCUGGGCAAAGCGGAGACGUACCAGCAGCACCGGGCCGAGCUGACGCCGUGGCUGGCCGAGUGCGAGCAGAAAGACGGAGAGGUCCGGGCGUCGCUGGACCCGUCUGUCCUGGACGAGUCUCUGCAGAAAGCCCGGGCGCUGACGCUGGACCUGGAGAGACGGCAGCCCCUACUGGAGGCUUUUAACACUGCAGCCGACCAGCUGCUGGAGCAGUGCUGCAUCGGAGAGGAAGAGCUGCGAGAUGAGAAGGCGCAGCUGAACCGGCGGGUGGACAGACUGAGCGAGGACCUCCUGAACCGGACCUCCCAGCUGGAGGAGCUGGCCAGCCGCCUGAAGGAGUUCGAGGACGGCAGACAGGCUGUGGAGAGGAGACUGGAGGCCGCCAAGCAUCAGAUCGAAGUCCAGGAGGCUCUCGGACCUCAGACAUGCAGCGCUAAAAGCCUGGAGAGACUGAGGAGUCAGCAGGAGAGUCUGCGCUCCCUGCAGCCUCAGGUGGUCUACCUCAAAGAUCUGGCCCUGGGACUGGUGCAGGACGCACCCCAGACACCAGGGGGCAGCACUGAGGGAACACAGAGGCUGCAGGAGCAGGCCAAGGACACCGAGAAGGAAUAUGAUGAGGUCACUGAUAAGAUGGAGCUCUGCUGCUCCUCCCUGGAGUCGCGCCUGCAGGGCGUCGGCGAGGUCCAGUCUCACGUCCGCGACGUUUUCUCCCGCCUCGCCGACCUGGACGACGAACUGGACUCCCUGAGUCCCGUCGGCCGCGACGCCGACUCCCUGGCGUCUCAGGCGGACGCCGUGAAGAGCUUCCUGUCCCGCCUGUCGGAGCUGAGGGCGGAGCUGGAGGGACACGGCGCCGAGUGCAGCUCCAUGUUGAGGAGGGAAGGCUCCUCGCCGGACCUGCUGGCUCUGCGCCGGGAGACGGAGGCGUUGAGCCGCCAGGCUGGCAAGCUGAGCGAGCGCGGCCAGGCCAGGCUGGUUCAGAUCGAGGACGCGGCAGAGAGAGUCCAGGACUUCUACCGGCUGGUGGCGGAGCUGCAAGGCAUGCUGGGAAAAGCCGAAGAGGGGCUGAACUCGCAGGGAGCGGUCGGCACAGAGGUGGAGAUGAUCAAACAGCAGCUGCAGGAGUUCAAGGCUGUGGAGCGUGAGCAGGUGGACGGCAUCCAGCCGAAGCUGCAGCACGUCAACGCCGUUGGUCAAGGCCUGAUCCAGAGCGCCGCCAAGCACACCGACACGCAGGCGCUGGAGCACGACCUGGAGACCACCAACCUGCGCUGGAACUCCCUCAACAAACGGGUUGCAGAACGCAUCGCCCAGCUGCAAGAGGCCCUGUUGCAUUGUGGGAAGUUUCAGGACGCGCUGGAGCCGCUGCUCAGCUGGCUGAGCGACACAGAGGAGCUGGUAGCCAAUCAGAGGCCUCCUUCUGCUGAAUACCGCGUCGUGAAGGCUCAGAUCCAGGAGCAAAAGCUGCUGCAGCGAUUGCUAGACGACCGCCGGCCGACCGUGGAGAUGAUCCGCGCGGAAGGCGCCAGGAUCGCCGCCACGGCGGAUUCUCAGGACCGGGAGAAGAUCCAGGUCCAGCUGCAGAGCCUGACGGAGCGAUGGUCGGACCUGCUGGACAAGGCCGGCGGCAGGCAGCGGCAGCUGGAGGAGCUGCAGCUUCUGGCUCUGCAGUUCCACGAAGCGCUGGAGCCGCUGGGAGAGUGGCUGAGCGCCACCGAGAGACGCCUGAGCUCCGCCGAGCCCAUGGGAACCCAAACGGCCAAGAUCACCCAGCAGAUCGUCAAGCACAAGGCGCUCCAGGAGGACGUGUCCUCCAGAGAGACUGAGGUUGACCACCUCGAGUCCCUCAGCCAGUCUCUGUCCCCGCUCAGCUGCGCGGCCGAUCGCGAUUGGCUGCGUGAGCGCGUGGGGGCGGUGCGGUCGGGUCACUCGGAGCUCGCCGAUUGGUGCGCUGGGCGGGCGGCGCUGCUGGAUCAGGCGCUGGCCAACGCGCGGCUGUUUGGUGAGGAGGAGGUGGAGGUGCUGAACUGGCUGGCGGAGGUGGCUCAGAGGCUGGGUCAGGUCUCAGUGCAGAGCUACCAGCCCCAGCUGCUGGCCGAGCAGCACAAACACACACUGGCUCUUAAUGAAGAAAUCCUGAGCAGGAAGAAAACUGUGGACCAGGCCAUCAAAAACGGACAAGCGUUACUGAAGCAGACCACAGGUGAGGAAGUGCUGCUGAUCCAGGAGAAGCUGGACGGGAUCAAGUCCCGUUACGCCGAGAUGACGGCCGGCAGCAGCAAGGCGCUCCGCACGCUGGAGCAGGCCCUGCAGCUGUCCACGCGCUUCGCCGCGGCCCACGACGACCUCAACCAAUGGUUGGACGGCGUGGAGGCGGAGCUUAGCAACGUGGAGCCUGACGCCUCACCUGCCUACCAGGACAGGCAGAAGGAGCUGAAGAAAGUGUCGGCUGAGAAGCGCCUGGUUCUGGACACGGUGAACGAGGUCGGCAACGCGCUGCUGGACCUGGUGCCGUGGCGCGCCCGCGAGGGCCUGGACCGGCUCGUCGCCGACGCCAACCAGCGGUACCGACACGCCGAUGAAACCAUCACUCAGCGUGUGCAGCUGGUGCAAGCUGCCAUCCAGAGGUCGCAGCAGUACGAGGAGGCGGUGGACGCAGAGCUGGCCUGGGUCGGGGAGACGGAGCGGAAGUUGGCGUCUCUGGGCCCGCUGAGCCUGGAGCCGGACGUGACCGUGGCCCAGCUGCAGGUGCAGAGGGCCUUCAACAUCGACAUCAUCCGGCACAAAGACACCGUGGACCAACUGCUCAGCGUCCGAGACGAAGUGCUGGAAGCCUGCAGCGACGCCCAGAAGGACGCUCUGAUGGUGAAGACGGAUUCUCUGAGCUCGCGUUACGACGCGGUGAGCCAGAGCCACAGCGAGCGGUUCUCGGCUCUGGAGCAGGCUCAGGUUCUGGUGGCUCGGUUCUGGGAGACCUACGAGGAACUGGAGCCCUGGCUGGGCGAGACCGAAGCCCUCAUCACUCAGCUUCCGCCUCCGGCGAUCGACACAGACGCUCUGCGGCUGCAGCAGGACCAGAUGAGGCUGCUCAGGGAGUCGAUCGCAGAGCACAAACCUCACAUCGACAAGCUGCUGAAGAUAGGGCCGCAGCUGGCCGAGCUCAGCCUCCAGGAGGGGGCGACGGUGACGCAGCGCUACACCGAGGCGGAGAGGCGCUACCUGGCCAUCAAAGAGGAGGUCAAAGGUCGCGCUGGAGCGCUGGACGAGGCAGUGUCCCAGUCUGCACAGUUCCACGACAAGAUGGAUCCUCUGCUGGAGACUCUGGAGGCGGCGGUGCAGCGGCUCCGCCAGCCUCCGCCGGUCGCCGCCGAGGUGGAGAAGAUCCGGGAGCAGCUGGCGGAGCACCGCGCUCAGGGGCUGGAGCUGGACAAGCUGCUGCCCAGCUUCUCCGCCCUCUGCUCCCGCGGCGAGGAGCUCAUCAGCCGGGCGGCGCACGACGACCCGGCGGCUCAGGCCGUUCGCUCCCGGCUCCUGCGUUUGCGCUCCCUUUGGGACGAGAUCCGGCAGCGAGCCGAGGAGAGAGAGAGCAAGCUGAACGACGUCCUGGACCUCGCCGGGAAGUUCUGGGCCGACGUGGCGGCUCUACUGAGCACGCUCAGAGACUCCCAGGACAUCGUGAGGGAGCUGGAGGACCCCGGGGUGGACCCGUCGCUCAUCAAGCAGCAGAUCGAAGCAGCCGAGGCCAUCAAGGCGGAGACGGACGGCCUGAGGGAAGAGCUGGAGUUCGUCCGGACGCUCGGGGCUGACCUCAUCUUCGCCUGCGGAGAAACGGAGAAACCUGAAGUCAAGAAAACCAUCGACGAGAUGAAUGCCGCCUGGGAGAGUCUGAACCGAACAUGGAGGGAGAGGAUGGAGCGGCUGGAGGAGGCCAUGACCGCCUCGGUUCAGUACCAGGACGCCCUGCAGUCCAUGUUCGACUACCUGGACAACGCCGUGAUCAAGCUGUGCGACAUGUCCACCGUCGGAACCGAUCUGGGAACCGUCAAACAGCAGAUAGAGGAGCUGAAGCAGUACAAGGUGGACGUCUACCAGCAGCAGAUUGACAUGGAGAAGCUCUGCCACCAGGGGGAGCUGCUGCUGAAGAAAGUGUCGGACCAGACCGACCGGGACAUGAUCCAGGAGCCGCUGACAGAACUGCGACACCUCUGGGAGAAUCUGGGAGAUAAGAUCACCCAAAGACAGCACAAGCUGGAGGCAGCGCUGCUGGCUCUCGGUCAGUUCCAGCACGCUCUCUCUGAGCUGCAGGCCUGGCUGAGCCACACACACACCACUCUGGACACGCAGCGGCCCGUCAGCUCCGACCCCAAGGCCAUCGAGAUCGAGCUGGCCAAACACCACGUUUUACGUAACGACGUGCUGUCCCAUCAUUCCACGGUGGAGACCGUGAACAGCGCCGCCGCCGAGCUGCUGGAGUCCUCUCCGGGCGACGAGGCCAGCCACCUGCGGGAUCAGCUGGACCAGCUCAACCGCAGCUGGGAGACUCUGCUGCUAAAAACCCAGGAGCGGCAGAAGCUCCUGGAGGCCGCCCUGCAGCAGGCCGAAGGUUUCCAUGGGGAGCUGGAGGAGUUCCUGCAGUGGCUGAGGCGGACGGAGAGCCAGCUGUCUGCAGCCAAGCCGACCGGAGGCCUCCCAGAAACAGCCAGAGAGCAGCUGCAGCAGCACAUGGAGCUCCAGGCUCAGCUGAACCAGCGGGCAGAACAGUACCACCACCUGCUGGAUCAGGGAGAGUCCAUGCUGCUGGCCCGCGGAGGAGAGGAAGCCGGACCCGGAACCACCCAGACCCAGCAGAACCUGGCCAUGCUGCAGAACAAGUGGGCCAGCCUCAACACCAAGAUGGACGACCGCAGGGGGAAGCUGGAGGAAGCCGUUUCGUUGGCAACAGGUUUCCAGACGUCCCUCCAGGACACCAUGAACUGGCUGACGCAGGCCGAACAGACCCUGAACAUGGCCCAGCCCCCCAGCCUCAUUCUGGACACUGUCCUCUUCCAGAUCGAUGAGCACAAGGUGUUUGUGAACGAGGUGAACACCCACAGAGAGCAGGUCCUGGCUCUGGAGAAAGCAGGCUCUCAGCUUCGCUUCGCCAGUCUGAAGCAGGAUGUGGUUCUGAUCAAGAAUCUGCUGCUCAGCGUCCAGGCCCGCUGGGACAAGCUGGUCCAGAGGUCCCUGGACCGGGGCCGACACCUCGAUGAGGCCCGCAAGCGAGCCAAGCAGUUCCACGAGGCCUGGAGGAAGCUGACCGACUGGCUGGAGGAAGCCGAGAAAAGACUCGACUCGGAGGUGGAAAUCUCCAACGAGCCGGACAAGAUCAAAGUUCAGUUGACCAAACACAAGGAGUUUCAGAAAGCGCUGGGAUCCAAGCAGCCGGUUUACGACACCACGGUGAGGUCAGGGAAGGCCAUGAGGGACAAAGCUCAGCUGCCUGCUGACCAGCAGAAACUGGACCACCUGGUGGGGGAAGUCCGGGACAAGUGGGACACCGUCUGUGGGAAGAGCGUUGAAAGGCAGCACAAGCUGGAGGAGGCUCUGCUGUUCUCAGGUCAGUUCGCCGAAGCGCUUCAGGCUUUAGUGGACUGGCUGUACCGGGUUGAGCCUCAGCUGGCUGAAGACCAGCCGGUCCACGGUGACAUGGACCUGGUGUCCAACCUCAUGGACGCACACAAGGUUUUCCAGAAAGAACUGGGCAAGCGGACCGGCAGCGUUCAGGCUCUGAAGCGGUCAGCCCGGGACCUGAUGGAGACCGGCCGGGACGACACGGCCUGGGUCAAAGUUCAGCUGCAGGAGCUCAGCAACCGCUGGGACACAGUGUGCGCUCUGUCCGUCACCAAGCAGACCCGCCUGCAGCAGGCGCUCAAACAGGCUGAGGAGUUCCGCACUGCGGUGCAGAUGCUGCUGGAGUGGCUGUCAGAGGCGGAGCAGACGCUCCGCUUCCGCGGCGUUCUCCCCGAAGAGGCCGAGACGCUGCAGGCGCUGCUGCACACGCACCGCGACUUCAUGGGAACGGUGGAGGAGAAGAGGGCCGACGUGAACAAGGCCGCCGGCAUGGGAGAGGGCAUCCUGACCGUGUGUCACCCCGACUCCAUCACCACCAUCAAACACUGGAUCACCAUCAUCAGGGCGCGCUUCGAGGAGGUGCUGACGUGGGCCAAACAGCACGAGCAGCGGCUGGAGACGGCUCUGACGGAGGUGCUCAACAACGCCAACCUGCUGGAGGAGCUGCUGUCGUGGUUACAGUGGGCCGAGACCACGCUGGUCCAGAGGGACACGGAGCCUCUUCCUCAGGACAUCCCACAGCUGAAAACGCUGAUCACGGAGCACCAGACGUUCAUGGAGGAAAUGACCCGGAAGCAGCCAGACGUGGACAAAGUGACGAAAAGCUACAAAAGGAAACCAGCGGAGCCUCCCAGCAGCCUGGCGGAGAGGAGAGGAGCUCGUAAACACCAGCACCAGCAGCAGCAGCAGCCCAGCAUGCAGCUGUCGGGGGGAAACCCGCGCCUCAACCAGCUCUGUGCGCGCUGGCAGCAGGUGUGGCUGCUGGCUCUGGACCGCCAGCGGAAACUCAACGACGCUCUGGACCGCCAGGAGGAGCUCAAAGAAUUCGCCAACUUUGACUUUGACGUGUGGAGGAAGAAGUACAUGCGCUGGAUGAACCACAAGAAAUCCCGCGUCAUGGAUUUCUUCCGACGCAUCGACAAGGACCAAGACGGAAAAAUCACGCGACAGGAGUUCAUCGACGGCAUCCUGGCCUCCAAAUUCCCCACCAGUAAGCUGGAGAUGUCGGCCGUGGCGGACAUCUUUGAUCGAGACGGAGACGGUUACAUCGACUACUACGAGUUCGUGGCGGCGCUUCACCCCAACAAGGACGCCUACAGGCCGACCACCGACGCCGACAAGAUAGAGGACGAGGUGACCCGCCAGGUGGCACAGUGUAAGUGCGCCAAGCGGUUCCAGGUGGAGCAGAUCGGAGAAAACAAGUACAGGUUCUUCCUCGGAAACCAGUUCGGCGACUCCCAGCAGCUGCGUCUGGUCAGGAUUCUGCGCAGCACCGUGAUGGUGAGAGUCGGCGGCGGCUGGAUGGCUCUGGACGAGUUCCUGGUCAAGAACGAUCCGUGCAGAGUGAAACAUCCAGGACUUAAGAUCCUCCGCUCCGAUUCCAGUAGCUCCAUCUCAUCUCGUAUAGUGACAGUCACUCCUGGCUAUUUCUGCUGCCGAGCUCGGGGUCGCACCAACCUGGAGCUGAGGGAGAAGUUCAUCCUUCCUGAAGGAGCGUCUCAGGGCCUGGCCGCGUUCCGCUCUCGGGGUCGACGCUCCAAACCGGGCUCACGCAACGCUUCGCCAACCCGUUCAUCGUCCUCGGCUUCCCACAGCGGCGCCUCGCUCCCGUCAGCUCCCUCCACACCUGCCACACCGACGGCUUCGGCUUCAUCAAGGUCCUCCCUCACUCACUCGCGUGACUAUGCCAAGCCAUGGCUUGCACACAGUAAAACUCCAACGCCAUCCAAGUGCCACUACUGCCCAGACUUCGGUCACAACCACAGCGCUCCUGGGCACGAGGGGGCGGCGUCUGGCUCCAAACUGAAGAGGCCGACCUUCCACUCGAGUCGAGGAUCGCUGACCGGAGAGAACGGAGGAACGGCGCACAGCAGCAAACGCACAGAUCCAAAGCGAGGGGCGGCGCCGGCCAGCGGUCCGACCAGCCGCGCCGGCAGCAGAGCAGGCAGCCGGGCCAGCAGUCGCCGGGGCAGCGAUGCCUCCGACGCCUCGGAGCUUCAGGACGCUCGCUCCGUCUGCUCCGAUACUUCAGACACGCCGAGGCGGCCCGGCAGCGCCGCUAAACCCUCAAAGAUCCCAACUAUAUCGAAGAAGGCUCCCAGCCCCAAGACGCCAGGCUCUGCGAAGAAGUAAACCGGCUGCAACCGGUGUUCUUGUUCUUAUCCUUCAUCCAGACGGCUGGUGUGAAAAUCCUGCACUAUAAGUGAUGUUUUUCCGGGGAAUGAAGGAGAUGGCGAUCCAAGUAAAUCUCCCUCUCGCUCCUUCCCAAGUCUUGAAGACAUGCACAAGAGAAGAGGGUCUCUGGACCAGAAUCCGAGGGGUCAGCGAAAACUUUUCCCCCUUUAAGACCCUGGUUUGCCUUCCAGUCUCCUCUUCUCAAACGUGAUGCUGCCUUACUAUAUGUUACACACAUUGUCGUGAUCAGAUGUCCAGCUUUCUAACUGACAGACGCACACUUGGACCCGUAGAGCGCGGCGCAGCACGGAUCGGGGCACGCUGCCAACGCCGCAGCUACACAAACAGAAAAAGAAUUGUGGGAGAAUUAUUUUUACUUGUGGUCCAGAUGCCUCAAGGAUGCGUCAACAGAGAAAAUAUGCAACGACUGCCAUGUCUGUCGCUUGGCGAGAAAACCGUCAUCUCAGCAGCGGCGGAGCUGAGGAAACGCUGUCUGACGCACACACACACACACACUUCUUGUGAGGAUCGGUGGAGGUGGUGACUCCGCCCAACCGCUGGAACGCUCCCAUCAGCCCCAGCGUGCAUUUCAGCAAAGGGCGGUGCGGUUUCUUUUUCUCCUUUUUUACACAAAAAUCACAAGCUAGCAAUAGAAAGGACUAUUU